GUCGGUUGUGCUCUUACGUUAUUCUCGGUUCGUUUUAAUAAAACCGUUAUAUCAAGAAUCUGAACUCUCAUUUCAACAACAAAAAAAUGUGAUAAAAUUGUUGUGAUAGCGCGCUAGACAUGUCAUAAUAUUGAUUACAGAUUUUGCUUCUGAAAGAAUUAAUUUCGAACUAAUGCGAUAAAUUUUGAGGAGACUUGUACGGUUUUGGCGUUAGAAAAGAACUUAGUGUGUGUUAUUUAAAAGGAUUUUGCAUACAGUUUGUCAAAAUUGCCUUUUUUAUUUUGGUGCUUUAGCUAAUUAAAUAUUGGAUUAAUAAUGCAGGAAUCAUCUAAAAUCAAACGUACGGGUGGGGCGACGUUAUCAGUAUGGAGUACCAAUGCUACCGGAAUUGACCCGAUUCUUGCGCACAUCGUAGCUGUACCACAUAAAAGUACCCCAGAAAACACACCAAACAGCAGCAGUAAUUUGGCCGGAACUCUGCCGCCGCUAAGGGAUCCAAACUCAACAGGCUUAAAUCACGGUCAUCUUCAUAUGAUAGGCAACGGAAAUAACUACAGUGGUAACAGUAACAGCACGUACAACCAUACAGGACCUAGCCACGGACUCGGCUCUUGCAACAAUCGCACCAGUAUUUGCAGUACACAUAAUAAGAGACGAUCGCAUUUGAGCACCAUGUCGCAGACAGGCGAUGAUUAUCAUUCGCCAAAUUAUUUGUCCUGGCGAAAAUUGCAAUUGAGCCGAGCCAAACUCAAAGCUUCAAGCAAAACGUCCGCUCUAUUGUCCGGUUUUGCGAUGGUUGCUAUGGUUGAAGUACAAUUAGAUGAAAAUACUAAAGUACCGACGGCGAUGUUGAUCGCGUUUGCAGUAUGCACUACACUGUUGGUAGCAGUCCAUAUGCUAGCAUUAAUGAUUAGUACGUGCAUUCUCCCCAAUAUUGAAACCGUUUGCAACCUACACAGCAUAUCUCUGGUACAUGAAUCUCCACAUGAGCGGCUUCAUUGGUACAUUGAAACAGCAUGGGCUUUUUCUACACUUCUUGGAUUGAUACUAUUUUUGCUUGAAAUAGCCAUUUUGUGCUGGGUGAAAUUCUACGAUCUGAACACAACUGCAGCGUGGUCUGCUUGCAUAGUUUUAAUUCCAGUGCUCGUCAUUUUUGUAGCAUUUGCACUGCACUUCUACCGAUCGUUGAUGACACACAAGUAUGAGGUAACUGUGUCCGGUAUUAGAGAGCUGGAAAUGCUAAAGGAACAGAUGGAGCAAGAUCAUCUAGAACAUCAUCACCACCAUGCAAACCAGCAAACUGUUUAAUAGGUCUGCCUCAUAGAACAUACCAGCUGUGAUUUUUUGUUUGUUUGAACAUAAGAAUCCCUAUUUAAUCAUGUUAUCAUAAUGUUUUUUUUUAUUAUUCGAAAAGAAUUCAAUAAUAAAAAGGAAGAAAAAACAGAAAAACAUAACAAAAGUCUGACAGUACAGUUUUUCAUCCUGUUUCACACUGCCAUUAGAUGGCUGGUGUCCGAACUGCGAUUUUCUCCGCCAAUUAAGUAAGUCGCUGGUAAAUACGGCUCCGUCCGUAAGGCAUCAGCUUAAAAAAA